AAGAGGGUGUCAGGACUGACCUAUACCCACUCCUGUCCACACCUCUGCACUGCUGGCUGGUUAUAAAUAGUAAAGGUUAAUUAGUUAGGCAGGAAAUUUGAGCCGGGCCUGGCAGGUCGAAUUUGAUCCACAGACAGGUAACUUAAGAAUUGCCUAUUGUCGCUGCAAUCAGACGUAUAUAAAUCCCCUGUUUGACAGACAGCGCUCACCACACAGCCUUACCUCUCAUCUGGAUCACCUGCACGAGCCUACUGCACCGGGACUAUGUCGCUCUCAUCUGUCCUUUCCGCUGAUGCCAUCGACAGUGCCCUCAAGGACUGCCAAGCACCAGAUUCUUUCAGUCACAAGAAAUUCUUCCAGCUGUGUGGUCUCACCAAGAAAAGUCCCCAAGAAGUGAAGACUGUUUUUGGCAUUCUCGACAACGAUGGCAGUGGCUACAUUGAGGAGGAAGAACUCAAAUUCUUCCUGCAGAGGUUUUCACCUGGAGCCCGUGUGCUGACCGACAAAGAGACCAAAAACUUCCUAUCAGCAGCUGACGAUGACAACGAUGGCAAAAUCGGAGCAGAGGAAUUCCAGGCCAUGGUUCUCUCCUGAACGGUCAGGCGGCUCCUGGGUCCUCCCCUCUCGCUUGGAUUGGAUUUUCAGCACAGAUCAUCAUGUACAUGUCUACUGUUUUUGGUCUUUUUUUUCUGGAAGCCCCUGGUCACAAAGCAGCCAGCACAAUUUAUAAUUUAUGAUUUUUGAACAACCUGUAAAGAGAGGGCUAAAAAAAAAAAAUCCCCCAAAUGUACAAGUAACAUGAAAUACAUGAUUUUAAUUAAAUAAAUAAAUGGUUAAACAUUCUAAAA